UUUUUUUCUCCUUAUUUUAUUUUUUUUUAUUUCUUCUUUCCUCCCCAAACUAUCUCGAUAUUAAAAGAAAAUGACCCGUGGUAAUCAAAGAGAACAAGCUCGUUUAAAGAAUUUGAAAAAGAAGGAAAAAGAGAAUAAGGGAAAGACUAACCUUAACGGGUUAACUAUAAAUCAAAAGAAAGAAAAUGAUGCUGCUAUCAUGCGAGCUAAACAAGAAGCUGCUCUUGCAAGAAAGGCACAAGAGGCUGCUAACGGUGGUGCUAAUGGAAAGAAGAAAUAAGAUCCCUUUUCUUAUAAAUGUUUCCUUGAAUUAGCAUACACAUAUUAAAAUUUUCUGUACUCUCAUAUAUACACAUAUACAUUCAUAUACAUUCUAGUUUAUAUACAUAAAGAAAAUUAUAUACACUUUGUAGACAAAAAAAAAGUAAAAUAAAACUGAAAUGACUACACUGCACUUUUUAUAA